CCUUUAUUCUUCAUGUCCUCCUCCACGCCUUGGUUUCCUUCCUUUCUCAUAUUGAGGUUGGCUCAAGAGCCAGCGCACCGCCAUGGCCGCCCUCGGUUCCUUCAUCUUCUCGGUCCUCUUUCUGUUGGUUACCAUUAUCGAUUCCUCGUCUAGCCUGUGGAGCAACUACUACUACACUUCCUGCCCUCAGGCGCAUACCAUAAUAAAAGCAGGCGUUCAAGAAGCUGUAAAGAAGGAAGCCCGCAUGGGGGCGUCCUUGCUGCGCCUGCAUUUCCAUGACUGCUUUGUGAAUGGGUGCGAUGGAUCGAUCCUGUUGGACCAGGGAGAAGGCAACUUCACCACCGAGAAAGAAGCACCUCCAAACAAUGGCUCAGUCCGAGGCUUUGAAGUCAUCGACAGUAUCAAGGCGCAGUUAGAGAAGGCCUGCCCGGGGGUCGUCUCCUGCGCGGACAUCCUCGCCGUUGCUGCCCGUGACGCCGUCGUUGAGUUGGGAGGUGCGCCAUGGGGAGUUCCACUUGGAAGAAAAGACGCCACAACUGCAAGCCAAGAUCUUGCCACUCUGCGCCUUCCUAACCCUGACUCAAAUCUCGCCGAGCUGAUAGGGAAUUUUUCGGUGCAAGGACUUUCAGAGUAUGACAUGAUAGUUCUUUCAGGAGGGCACACAAUAGGGAAGGGCAGAUGCUUGACAUUUAACACGGCACUCUACCAGGACUCGAACAUCGAUCCUUCCUACGCGGCGUCGUUGAAGAGUAAGUGCCCCAAUAGCGCCACCGACGCGACCCUCUUCCCCAUUGACGUGCAGACGGAGAACGUGUUCGACAACGACUACUACAAGAACCUAAUCCAGAAGAGGGGCCUCUUCCGCUCCGAUCGGGUGCUCUACAAUGGCGGCUCCGCCGACUCCACCGUCGCCUGCUUCGCCAACAGUCAGAACAAGUUCUUCAAGGAAUUUGGGAUCUCCAUGAUCAAGAUGGGUCGCAUCCAGCCAGCUGCAGGAACCAAGCUGGAGGUGAGGCGCAACUGCAGGAAGCCCAAUUCCGUGGCCUGAGAGACAGAGUACAUCAACUUAUGCGACUCUGUGAGCAGUUUGUAACAUUAUUCCCAUAUAUAUGUAUCUCCUUACGCUAUGCCAUCGUAAUCAAUAAAGAUUUGGUUGAAGGAA